AUGAUGGGUUGGAUUGUAGUUGUCUUAUUUGUUUUGCUGGCUGGGACAAAGUCAGAGAACCAAACGUGCAGAGUGAUCGGGCGGACGGGGUUCAUGGAGUUUGCUAAAGACGGUGAUCUUAUAUUAGGAGGAGUUUUUGCUUUGAGUAGCACACGCAAGAUCAUAGACAAUGGGUACAAAGAGCCUCCAUCUGAAUACUGCCAAAAGUGAGUGAAAAAUCUUUAAAUGUGAAAUAUUUCCACUGUUAUAUGCAAUGCAUUGUUUUAUGUUUUGCAAAUUGACUGUGUAUGAGUAAACUCUGUGUUUGCAGGUUGAAUGACAGGGAACUUAAGUUUGCCCGUACUGUGAUGUUUACUAUGGAAGAAAUCAACAGAGAUACUGAACUCCUUCCUGGAGUAAGUCUGGGCUAUAGACUGUAUAAUGGCUGUGGAAGUGAGAACCUAAUACGAGCAACUAUAGAAGCUGUAACUAGAGAGGACCCAAAUGGCUGCAGUGGUCAGAUCCAGGCUGUCUUGGGUCAUUCAUCUUCUGGUAUUAGCGAUGACAUGAACAUCAUGCUAAGCUCAAUGUCAAUCCCACAGGUGAGAGGAAAUACAUGUUCAAUCCUGUUUUAGAUGAUGUGUAGAUUUGUACUGAUGUUUUUACCUUUGUUUUUGAAGGUGAGCCAUCUUUCAACCUGUGCUUGUCUGAGUGACAAAAAAACAUACCCCACCUUCUUCAGAACUGUACCGAGUGACCGUUUUCAAAUCACUGCUCUAGUGCAGCUCAUGAAAUACUUUGAUUGGCGCUGGGUGGGAAUUGUUCACUCUAAAGGCAUGUACGCUAGGGAAGGCUCAGCUGAAUUCAUCAAGGAAGCGAUCAAAGAGGGCAUAUGUGUUGAAUACUUGUUAACUUUCGAUAAGUCAAAGCUCGAAACGUUCGACACCAUUAUAAAGACACAAGAAGUGUCCACAUCAAAGGUGGUCCUGAUGUUUAUGUCCUUUUACUACAUUAAAUUGUUUAUGUCAAAUUUGGAGAAUUAUAACAUUACUGGAAAGCAGUGGGUCGGCACUGAGGCUUGGAUCAUGCAAGAACAGCUGGCUUCUGUUGAGAGGAUGAGGCUUUUACAAGGGGCGAUGGGCUUUGCCCUUCCUGAGGCAUCUAUACCAGGUCUGGGUGAUUUUUUACUCAGCUGGAAACCUUCAGAUGAACCACAGAGUGAAAUGCUGAAAUCUUUCUGGGAGAAGUUUUUUGACUGCAGUUUUUCUCCAUCAAAUGACUCUACCCUAUGCAACGGCACAGAGGAUCUGAAAACAGUCUCCAGUCCCUACACAGAUGUGACACAAUUCAGGCCUGAGAAUAAUGUGUACAAAGCUGUGUACUUAGUGGCAUAUGCCAUCCAUGCUUUAUUGCAAUGUAAAAACGGCUCAAAUCCCACCACAGGAAAACCGUGUAUAGAUAAAAGCCAAGUUCGGCCAAAGCUGGUAAGAGUGUUGACUGUUUUUUCCUCUUUACUCACAAGUGGUUUGCUCACUAAUAUGUGGUCAUUGUACCUCUACAGGUGUUGGAACACAUAAAACAUGUGAACUUUACGACACGAAAUGGGGCAAAGGUUUUCUUUGAUGAAAAUGGAGAAUCUGUUGCCCAGUAUGACUUAAUGAACUGGCAGAUAAAAGAAGACGGCUCUGUUGAAAUCAUAAAUAUUGGUCAAUAUGAUACCUCUUUUCCAGAGGGUAAAAAAUUCAAACUGAAGGACAACAUCAAAAUAGUCUGGGGAGGAGACCAUAAGGAGGUAAACUGAAACUCUGCAGAGACUUUCUGGGUGUCAUAGGUAGCCUCAACAUGACAGAAAAUGUUCUUUAUUUGACCUAAAUCAUCAUACAAAUUAUUUCUAAUGCAUAGUUGCUAUUGUGCAUGCUGUGUUUUGCCUAUCAAGGUCCCAAGGUCUGUCUGCAGAGAACCAUGCCCACCAGGGACCCGUAAAGCCAAUAACAAGCUGAAACCAGUGUGUUGCUUUGACUGCUUUGCUUGCCCCGAGGGAACAAUAAGUAACCAAACAAGUCAGUAAGGAUUCCCUAAUCAAUUUACUCAGUUGUAUGGGGGUGUUUAGGGGGUUUGUCUAGACUGUUUUGAUCAGGGUCGCAGAAAUGAUGCACUGAUGCAGGGGUAGGCAUGCAAUAUGUGCACAUUCACCCAUUAAUCAAUGUAAUUUAUUGACCUUUUCUGUUUUUAUUUAACGUAUCCAGACACACUCGAUAGCAGACCUAUAAGGUUGUGUUUCAUCUAAAGAGAAUGAUUCAAUUUCUAAGUGCUUUGACCUUUUUUUACAGAUUCUCCAAAGUGUUUGAGCUGUCCACCUGAGUUCUGGCCGAAUGAAAAGAAAGACCAGUGUCUCCCAAAACCCACUGAGUACCUGUCCUACAAAGAGAUCAUGGGGACCCUUCUGACUUUAUUUAGUUGUGUUGGUGUAUUUUUGUCUCUUCUGACAUCGAUCAUUUUUUUUACUCACAAAGAGACUCCCAUUGUAAAGGCCAACAACUCUGAGCUAAGUUUCCUCUUAUUAUUCUCCUUAAAGCUGUGCUUCCUGUGUUCGCUGACCUUCAUCGGCCGGCCCUCUGAGUGGUCCUGCAUGCUGAGACACACAGCAUUCGGCAUCACUUUUGUCCUCUGUAUUUCAUGCGUGCUCGGGAAAACCAUAGUUGUUUUAAUGGCGUUCAGGGCGACACUUCCUGGCAGUAAUGUGAUGAAGUGGUUUGGGCCCGUUCAGCAGAGACUCAGUGUUCUGACUUUCACCCUCGUUCAGGUUUUGAUUUGUAUUCUCUGGCUCACAAUAAAUCCCCCGUUUCCAAAGAAGAACCUGCAGUACUACAAGGAGAAGAUCAUCUUAGAGUGUGCUCUGGGAUCACCUAUAGGAUUCUGGGCCGUGUUAGGAUAUAUCGGACUCUUAGCACUCUUGUGUUUCCUUCUUGCUUUUCUGGCUCGAAAGCUUCCUGAUAAUUUCAAUGAGGCUAAACUGAUCACCUUCAGCAUGUUGAUAUUCUGCGCAGUCUGGAUCACAUUCAUCCCAGCUUAUGUCAGCUCUCCUGGGAAGUUCACUGUAGCUGUGGAGAUAUUUGCCAUCCUGGCCUCCAGUUUUGGUUUGCUGGUGUGCAUAUUUGUUCCAAAAUGUUAUAUAAUAAUCUUUAGGCCGGAGAGAAACUCAAAAAAGCAUUUGAUGGGGAAAACUCCACCAAAAACGCAGUGAUUUGUUAUUUAGAGCGCCUUUUAGACCCUUUGGCUUUGUAUUUUUAGAAUUUGGCUGAUAUAUAACAAAUAUAUACUUUUACCUUGCUUUGGCAUGUUCAAUAAACUCCACACGCUUAAUCUUUUUCUUUCAUUUAUUAGAUAACAAACCCUAUCAGAAACACAGCGCUUAAAUCUUAACCAACAUACUGCUGAAGUAGUGUCCAAUAUCGAGGCAGUUUGUCCCAAAGUCUGUGUGAAUCCUUUUAGUGGCCUGGUAUAAACAACAGCGUGGAGUACAAAUACAAGAAAAUAUGGUCUUUGCAAGCACAAUGAUGCAGAUCACUGAAAAGACUCAUUAUUCUCAUAUCUGCGCUUGACUCUUUAGAGAUCAGGCGGAGGAAUCAAUUGAUGUAAAGAAGCAAAUGUAAUUGUGUACUAAUGGACACGGAACUCAAGAGGAUCUACUGUUUUGGCCGUCUAAUGAAACACACUACACUAACAAUGAGCGGGCAACCCAUAUCCAUCCCUAACCAGUGCAUUACAAUCACUGUAAAUUAUCCUACUCCUGAUUAUCCACUCCAGACCUAGAAAGGUAUAGGUGAAUAAAUCAAACACAGAGAAAGAGACAUUAAUCAAGGAAACAUGAGACUAAAAGAGCAAAGAUGAGGACACAUACACAGUGGCAGAAAACACAUAAAGACAAGAUGUGGAGAGCUAGAUAACUAACCCGGCAAAUGUUACAGAAGCUUUUAAACCACGGCCAAUGGUGAACAGAGUGAUUAUCCUGAACCGGUCUUGAGGCCGUGCGUUGAGAAUCCCAGGUGGGCGCUCAAACAUUGGUGAAAUCAAACUAGUCCCAAACUGAUGAAUGAUAUGUGGUCCCUCCUCUGAUCCCCAUACCAAAGGGCUUUCCAGUUAACUAUAUGCGGGUCAGUCAUUAAUAAUAAAUGUGUCUUUAUGUUAAUCUGUUUGUGUGUUUCCGUUUUGUGUCAACUGUCUUGUGACAAAGAAUAACAUUUUUAGUAUCUGCUUUAAGACUACAGGCAGAAUUUAGCUGUUGUAUUAGACUCAGCAUGACUACAUUUAUCCACACAGCUAAGCAAGUUCAUUAAUGUGCAUUUUUCUAAAUUAAUAAACUUCACUUAUGAAAAUAAAAGAACAGCCCAGAAACAUAGAAGUAUGAAACAUGUAUAUUUCUGGGUAUAUUCAUUUAACCGGCUCACAACAGGCCUUAGGUAAACAUUUAAAAAUGUCAUGUUAGUAGAUAAUAAUGAAAAGUGCCUGAAACGACAUUAAUGUUAAACUCUGUUGUUUUGGUGGCAAAAAGGCCAGUCAGCUAUGUUUGCACUUUCAUGUGUAAGAUGCAAGGGUGUGUUAAAACUCGCCUCCCGAUAGGUUAAGAGAACUGACCUUUUACUAAGCCAUGAAAAAAAUAAUAAUUGAACAUAAUUAUCAGGAAUAGAGAGAAACAUUAACAAAAUGAGCAGGAGAAUUAACAGUUUCAGGCAUAUCGUGUUAAGAAAGUAAGACAUUACCAAAGUUUAGUUUUUUAAGUCAUCUUAAAGAAUUAUAUUAUAUUUAUGUUAUUUUACACAUAUUUCAGUUUAAUCUUGUUUAUAUGCCUUUCUUUUUUUAAACAGGCUUUACUCAAUUUUUUGCUUUUUUUCACCAACUCUGCUUAAUGUUGUUUUACACAUAUUUCAGUUUAAUCUUGUUUAUAUGCCUUUCUUUUUUUAAACAGGCUUUACUCAAUUUUUUGCUUUUUUUCACCAACUCUGCUUAAUGUUGUUGCUUACAGUAAAACUUAUAUUCUGUAAUCUCAAAAUAAUAAUCAGAAGUAAACUAAGCUAACAAAAACUUUAUAUACAUCAAGGUUUGUUGGCCUUUCAAAUUUUUGCCACACACUGUAAUGACAAACAGUUCAGUUAGAGCUGAAAAAGAACACUUUGCCACAUAUGACGGUAUUUGUGGAUCAUUGCUGGGCGAACUGGUGAUUUUUUUACUGAAAAACCUUGGGUUAAAGUGUCCUCUAGUGCGAAAGGAUUCUACCUGACAGGGCCAACACUAGUCAUUUUGGCAUCGCCCCUGUAUGUGUGUAUGCACAUGUAUGCAAAAUCCUGUCACUGUUGUAUUAACCCUUUCAGAUCCUGUGGGAUAUAAUUCAGCAGUGAUGAAGAGAGAGCAUCUAUUUGCAUCUGAAAACAGUUAAUAUAAGAGCUCUGUCUUCAUCUCUUCAGAAACAUGUUGAGCAAACAUGCAUGAGCUGCAGAAAGCUCUUUUGUUUUCACUGUUUGCCCUCUCUUCAAACGCUGUUUCUGGUUGUGAACUGUUAGGUAGAUUUGGCAUGCCAAGCUUGUUUAGGCAGGGAGACAUAAUGAUAGGAGGGAUUUUUCCUGUUUUCAACAAAGAGAUGAGUAGCACGUCAACGUUCAAGAGCAGUCCACCUGGAGUUGAAUGUGUGGGGUAAGUGUAACCGACUUUUAUACAUUUUUAACAAACUGAGCUUUUCAAGAUUGUCAACUCUGACAGAGACCUUAACCUUUUAGAUUUGAUCUGCGUCCUUUUCGGUGGACCCAAGUGAUGAUAUUCACAAUCGAAGAGAUAAACCAAGACUCUGCUCUCCUGCCAAACAUUUCUCUUGGCUAUAGGAUCCUUGACUCAUGUGCAUCUCCCACAAAUACUUUGCGUGCCGCUCUAACUCUGGCCAGCGGACCUGGGGAGACAGAAUUGACUUCCUCUUGUCCUCCAGCUAUAUCUGCUCUCAUAGCUGAGUCAGGAUCAACACAGUCUUUAACCGUGGCUGGAGCUCUCGGACCAUUUCAAGUACCAAUAGUAAGAGAUAGAGAAAAUACUCUACUGCAUUCAUAUUUGUGAUUUUUCUUUUUUUGUUGUGACUGAAUUUUGUUGUUCUUCCGAUAGGUGAGUUACUUCUCAACAUGUGCCUGCCUGAGUGACAGAACCAAAUAUCCAACGUUUUUUCGUACAAUUCCCAGCGAUUAUUUCCAGGCGAAAGCUUUGGCAGCUCUGGUUAAACGUUUUGGUUGGCAGUGGAUUGGAGCCAUACAGUCAGACAAUGAUUAUGGGAGGAAUGGGAUCCAGGCUUUCACUGAAGAGGUUAGGAGGUAUGGGGUGUGCAUUGCAUUUGUGGGAACAAUCCUGAGGACAUACCCUAUGGAGAAAAUUCUGGAAGUUGUGGAAAUGAUCAAACAGUCAACCGUCAAGGUCAUCCUUGCUUUUGUUCCAGAGGGUGAUUUUUACCCUUUGAUGCAAGAGGUUGUGAAACAGAACAUCACAGGAAUUCAGUGGAUUGCCAGUGAAGCCUGGAUCACUGCAGCUCGACCCUCGACGCCUGAAAUGUACCAAGCUUUUGGUGGAGCCUUGGGGUUUGUGGUGCAGAAGAUGGCGAUUCCAAAACUGAAACCAUUUCUCACAAACAUUAGCCCCUAUACUGAUCCAAGUGCAGCCUUUGUAAAGGAUUUCUGGGAGAUGAUGGUGGGCUGCAGACUUCUUUCAGCUGGGGAGCACACAGGCACUGAGACAAUGCAUGAAGUAUGCACAGGCAAUGAGACCUUCAUGAACCCCCAGGAUGUGUUCUUCGAUGUCACUCAGCUGAGAGUUUCUUAUAAUGUCUAUAAAGCAGUUUAUGCUAUUGCUCACGCCCUGCAUCAGCUGGUUUUCUGCCAACCAGUUGGAGGAAAAAUCAUGAAACCAUGUUUGAAUUUAUCAGAUAUUCAGCCCAAGGAGGUGAGAAAUCUUUCCAGUGAAAUCUACAAUUUGUCCAACUUUUUAGUGUUAACACGUAUAAAUACUGUGCUUCUUUAUUCAGGUCACUGAUCGUCUCCAAAGAGUGAAUUUCAGGAAUCAGUUUGGGGAUGAUGUGUUUUUCGAUGCCAAUGGUGACCCUCCUGCUUCUUAUGAUAUCAUUAACUGGCAGCUGAGAGACGGUCAGGUGCAACAUGUCACAGUGGGUCAUUUUACCUCUACUGCUGAUGGUGACUAUAAGCUCAGCGUCAAGGACAAAGACAUUGUGUGGAGGACAGGGGAAAAAGUAAAAAAGUUUUUUUAUUCAGCAUGUUUGUGAGUUAUGAGCCACAUGUGAAAGUGAAAUAUAUGAUCAGACGAGAUUUGCAAAAGCUGCUGAAUAAUUGCAAAGUUUCUACUUUUCUCCCCAGGUACCAAAAUCCAUGUGCUCUGAUAUUUGUCCAGAAGGAACAAGAAAAGCUCAGAUAAAGGGAAAACCAACCUGCUGUUUUGAUUGUCUUCCAUGUGCAGAUGGAACCAUAGCUAAUUCAACAGGUACGCUGUUAAACAUCCAGAGACCAUUGUCGGGUUAGGUGUGUGUAUGUAUGUCAAAAAAGUGCCCUAAAAUGUAACCAAUGUAACCACAACCACAGAUUUCCUUGCAGUGAAAUAAUCAAAUUUACUUUUUGUGAUUAAUAUUUCUAGAAAUCUGAAAAAAUCAAGUCUGAAUCUUUUUGUUUAUGUUCAACAGGUGCAGCUGACUGCACUCCCUGUCCUCGGGAAUUCUGGUCCAAUGAGAGGAAAGAUGAGUGUAUUCCUAAAACUGUUGAGUUCCUGACAUAUGCUGAGCCAAUGGGAAUAGCUCUCUCAGUCGUAUCCCUGCUUGGUGCUUCACUGUCUUUGGUCACAAUGAUCGUCUUCAUCUGUUACAGAGAAACUCCGGUCAUAAAGGCCAGCAACUCUGAGCUCAGCUGUUUCCUGUUGUUUUCUCUUUUCUUGUGUUUUCUCUGUCCUCUCACUUUCAUUGGCAGACCCACAGUCUGGACAUGCAUGCUGCGACAUACAGCUUUUGGUGUGACCUUUGCUCUUUGUAUCUCCUGUGUUUUAGGUAAAACUAUUGUUGUAGUCACAGCUUUCAGGGCCACCAUCCCUGGCAAGAAAGUAGCAGAAAAGUUUGGCCCUGCACAGCAGAGGAUCAUCGUUUGCUCCUGCACUUUGAUUCAGAUAGUCAUAUGUGUGUUGUGGCUCAAAUUAAAGCCACCUUUCCCAGACAUGGUUUUCAGAUACAGCAAUAAGAAGAUUGUUCUGGAGUGUAACACAGGCUCUGAGGCUGCUUUCUACGCGGUACUUGGGUACAUUGGAAUUCUUGCAAUCAUAUGUUUGAUUCUGGCAUUUCUAGCGAGAAAACUUCCUGAUAACUUUAAUGAGGCUAAAUUCAUCACCUUCAGCAUGCUGAUAUUCUGUGCUGUCUGGAUCACCUUUAUCCCAGCUUAUGUCAGCUCUCCUGGGAAGUUCACUGUAGCUGUGGAGAUAUUUGCUAUUUUAUCAUCAGCAUUUGGAUUAUUAAUCAGCAUUUUUGCUCCAAAGUGUUACAUCAUAUUGAUAAAGCCGGAGAAAAAUACUAAGAAACAUGUCAUGGGAAAAGUGUAG